AUGGUGCAGCGCCCCAACAAGCCCUCGGCCCUCGCCGCGACGCCCGGCCUGCAGCCCCAGGCCCAGGUCACCAUCUCCGACGGCAGCUCGCGCGUCACGGCGGUGCUGCCCACGGGCGAGAGCGUCGAGGUCCUGCUGUUUGGCGCCACCGUGCUGAGCUGGAAGGACGCCGCCGGCGACGAGAAGCUGUGGCUGAGCGAGGGCGCGAAGCUGGACGGGACAAAGGCCGUGCGCGGAGGCAUUCCCCUGGUCUUUCCGGUCUUCGGCACCGCCCCCGACCACGAGGCCACCUCCAAGCUGCCCCAGCAUGGCUUCGCCCGCAACUCCCGCUGGGAGUUCCUCGGCAAGUCCUCCACCGAGGGCUCCUCCAGCGGCGUCAAGCUCGACUUUGGCCUGUCCUCGGAGAACCUCGACGACGCGACGCGCCAGCUGUGGCCCUACAAGUUCGGCCUCCUGUACAGCGUCACGCUGGCGCCCGAGAGCCUGGGCACCGCGCUGGUGGUGACUAACGAGGGCGACGUGCCCUUUGAGUUCCAGACUCUGCUGCACACGUACUUUAGGGUCUCGGACAUUGCAUCCGUCCAAGUCCUCGGCCUCGAAGACUCCCCCUACCACGACAAGGUCGACGGCGUCAAGAACAAGACGCAGCCGUCCGACCCCGUCGCCUUCUCCGGCGAGACGGACCGCGUGUACACCCCCGCCAAGGGCCCCGGCCACCCCGUCGUCAUCGCCGAGGCCGGCGUGGCCAGGUUCCGCGUCGUGCGCGACAACCUCGACGACGUGGUGGUGUGGAACCCCUGGGUCGACAAGGCCGCCGGCAUGGCUGACUUCGAGCCCAAGGACGGCUGGAAGAACAUGGUCUGCGUCGAGGCGGGCGCGGUGAGCUCGUGGCAGAAGCUGGAGCAGGGGGAUGCGUUUGAGGGGGCGCAGACGAUUUACUUGAAGUGA